AUGGCGUCUCAAGGAGUCCGAAACGACUUAGCCACUGAACAACAGACUUGCCUUUGGCACGUGAACAUGGAGAGCCACAAUCGCCUUGGCCCCAACAUGUGCCUAAGGCGGCUUCUGCAGUCCUCCCAGCUCCAGCGGGCUUGGAGGGCGGCCUUCCUGAAACAUGUCCAGGGCAGGCACCCGGGAGCCCGGAGAUGGACGCAUUCUGGAGGUGGCCCCUACAGAGCAGUGAUUUUUGACAUGGGCGGAGUUCUGCUUCCUUCUCCAGGGAGCGUGGCCACAGAAUGGGAGGUACAGAAUCAUAUCCCUUCUGGAACUAUAGUGAAGGCCUUGAUCUCAGGUGGCGAAAAUGGGCCCUGGAUGAAAUUUAUGAGAGCAGAGAUAACAAGAGAAGAUUUCUUACAAGAAUUUGAGAGACUUUGCUCUGAAAUUUCAGAGACCUCUGUGCCCGUGGACUCCUUUUUCUCUCUGCUGACCAGUGACCGAGUGACGAAGCAGUUCCCAGUGAUGACUGAGGCCAUAACUCAGAUUCGGGCUAAAGGCCUUCAGACUGCGCUCUUGAGCAAUAAUUUUUAUCUUCCCAAUGGGAAGAGCUUUUUGCCCUUGGACUGGAAACAGUCUGAUGUGGUAGUAGAAUCCUGCCUGGAAGGUGUCUGCAAGCCAGACCCCAGGAUGUAUAAGCUGUGCUUGGAGCGGCUCGGCCGGCAGCCUUCUGAGUCCAUCUUUCUUGAUGAUCUUGGACCAAAUCUAAAAGCAGCUGCCAGCCUUGGUAUUCACACCAUUAAGGCCCAUUGGAAUGCCUUCAGUUUGAUCACGGGCAGUCAAAUCCCACCUACUGUGUCAAGUUGGCUACUCAUCAGCUGA